AAUCAGGAGCUUGGUGUGUUUCGCCGUGUUUCAGAGUGGCGUCGGGCAGCUCGGUGCUUCAGAGGGGAAUACAGUGUUAAUAAUAAAGAUGCAGUUCAUGCUUCUAUUCAGCCGGCAAGGCAAGCUCAGGCUCCAGAAGUGGUACGUGCCUUUGUCUGAUAAGGAGAAAAAGAAGAUCACCAGAGAGUUGGUCCAGACAGUGUUGGCUCGCAAGCCCAAAAUGUGCAGCUUCCUGGAGUGGAGAGACCUCAAGAUUGUGUAUAAGAGAUACGCAAGUCUGUACUUCUGCUGCGCCAUCGAGGACCAGGACAACGAGCUGAUCACGCUGGAGAUCAUCCACAGAUACGUGGAGCUGCUGGAUAAAUACUUUGGCAGUGUUUGUGAGCUGGACAUCAUUUUCAACUUCGAGAAGGCCUAUUUCAUCCUGGACGAGUUCUUGCUGGGCGGCGAAGCUCAGGAGACGUCCAAAAAGAACGUGCUGAAGGCGAUAGAGCAGGCUGACCUGCUGCAGGAGAAUAUAGACUAUCAGAUGCGCCUGUUUGCAGGUGUGAUGGUCCCAAAUAUGGCCUCUGAGUCUUCUGGUCUUUUCCAGAAUUAGGCCUCCUAAGCCCCGUCAUGAGUACUUUAAUGUGCCUGUGUACUGAUUGGGCCGCCAUGGCUGCCGCUGCGCCUGCCGCUGCCGCCGCUGCGCCUGCCGCUGCCGCUGCUAUCCACCCUGCAUGCUGAGCUCCUCAGUGCCUGGCACCUUUCUUUCUGCCCUCUGAGCACCUGCCAUUCUCUUCCAUCUGGUUUGGGAGUGUUGCAAUAUUCUCAUUUUAAAUUCAGCUCCCGUAUGUGACAGUCACGAUGCGUUAUUAUCACAGUGUUAAUGGAAAAUUAAAAAAAACAAAACAAAAAGGACAAAGAAAGAUAAAUAUUUAAGAGGAAUUUGGUAUUUUGGUGGUCCUGUGAACGAGGGAGGAAAAUGCCAGGAUUUACAUCAAAAAUGUGAUUAUGGCGCCACUGCGUGUGUCAAGUGUCUGUCAUUGAUCCUGUUUGUGUCAUUUCACCACCAGCACUGUAAACGGCAGGGCGUCUGCAUCCUGUGUCAUCAUGAGCCAAACAUCCGCUGAUUGAUCAAAUACGACCGCCAUUAUAUUAUUCACUUCUUUACAGUCGUUCCAGAGCUUUUAAACUAUCCCUAAAUGACUCAAGUUUGAUGACAUUUCUUUAAGAUUUGAUGUUCAAACAUACUUCAGAUCAGUUCAGUGUUUGAUCAGGAUGACACUUUUUUUAAACUCUGGUUUAAAUCACAGAUGUCCGUGAAAUAUGACAGAUUGUCAUUAUUAUUAUUAUUAUUUUUAUUGUGAGUGUUUUUGUGUGUGUAAUCCCUUCUUCCUCUCUGUCUGAUCUGUACCACUGCCUCUGAGGGCGUGGGGAAAGUGUGCCCCCUGUUGCAGAUGUUGUGGUACAGGCGCACAAGUGUGUGUGUCUGCGUUUAAAGACUUCAGACGUACAACGUGGAGUAUUUUUGCUUCUAAUAGUUUUACCUUCAGGACAAAAGUGGCGUCACUUUAGAUGUUGUGUACUCUCCCUUUUUAAACACUAAAGAUAAAUAAUUGAGGAAAUGACUUAAUAAGAAUAUAUAUAUUUGUAUGAAGUCCAGUGCUACAGAUUCAGCAGAAUUGUUUGACUCACACACUUGUGUUAUUUCCACUUCCUUUGAGUUUCUUCAUGUACAUUUCAUUAGUUUGGUUCACAGGUCAUGACUUCUGCCUGAAUUUACGUGGUAUCAGACGUGUUUAUUUAUCUGGUCUUUUGUUGCUUUGUCUUUUUUUGGCUUGUAUCUUCUAACUUACCCUCACAUGUAUUUGAUUGAUGUUUUUAACUACAAGAACCAGACCGAAGCUGUGUUUCAGCUGUAGUGGAAUGUUCGUCAACACAGUAGCUUUUAUAUCAAGCUGGUAUUUAGCUUUUAAAACUAAUUAUGGAUCAGGAAUAUGUAUUUUUAAGAUAACUACAGAGGAAACACUAAAGGUAAGUGGUGUUAGUGGGGAUUUGCUAAACCGAAAUGCACUUUGUUCCAUUUCACUUGAGCUCCUUUUGGUUUUCCAGUUCAAGGAGAAUGUAGCUUUCUGACAGCACUUGACUAAUAAUCAGCCUUAACUUAUCCUACCCAUCUUGAAAAACUGCACUCUGGAAAUGUUUGUAUCGCCUGUUACUGAUAAGAAACGACCAGUUAAUAGUUAGAUUUCGUUAACAGACCAUCCCUAUAAACCGAGUGUUUCUGUGAAAAGUACAGUAGGUGAUGAAUAAAAGGUUUUUGAUCUUGAUCAGUA